GAGAAGAGCAUCAGAUGAUCUGCACCGUCACAUCAGCGCUGAUUUAACUUAUAAACGGAUUAUUUUAGAUUUACUGAGCUGUGCAGCGCUAACAGGAGGGUGAGAUGAGGGCGAUUUCCAUGUCCGUGCUACUGCUGGUGGCGUUCGGGCUGGCUGUGCUGGCACACGCCUGCUCGCACGGCCACGGGCACGCGCACGGGCACCAUCACGGCCACUCGCACGGGCACCAUCACGAGGAAGUGAGAAUGUUUCAUGGUGCGAGCAAGUGGAGCGCCGAGGCGAAUCUGCCACCGACGGAGGAGGAGGAGCAGCUUCAUCACGGGCAUGAUCACGGGCACGACCACGGGCACGCUCAUGAUCAUGACCACGGGCACGCUCAUGACCAUGACCACGGGCACGCUCAUGAACACCAUCACGGGCACGCUCAUGAUCACGGGCACGCUCAUGACCACCAUCAUGACCAUGGUCACGAUCACGGGCACGCUCAUGACCACCAUCACGGGCACGCUCAUGACCACGGUCACGCCCACGAUUCCAGACCCAAGAGGGACACGCAGGCCGAGAGCAGGACCAGCGUGGAACUGUGGAUGCAGGCGAUCGGAGCGACGCUGCUGAUCAGUGCCGCGCCCUUCCUCAUCCUCUUCCUCAUCCCGGUGCAGUCCAACUCGGAUCAGCACCAGAACCUGCUGAAGGUCCUGCUCAGCUUCGCCUCGGGGGGGCUGCUGGGGGACGCCUUCCUGCACCUGAUACCUCACGCGCUCGAGCCUCACUCUCACCAUGAAGACGAAGGCCCUGACCGCUCACAGGCUGCUGACCGCUCACAUGGACACUCUCACGGCGUGGCUCAUGAUCACAUGAUGUCGGUGGGACUGUGGGUUCUGGGAGGCAUCGUGGCGUUCCUGGUGGUGGAGAAGUUUGUACGUCUGCUGAAAGGAGGGCAUUCGCACUCGCAUUCUCACUCGCACUCUCACGCUGCCCCGAAAGCCAAGGACAGUGACGACGAGGACAAGAAGGAGGGAGAGAAGAAAGGAGAGAAAGGCAAGACGGUGACCAAAGCCAAGCAGGAGAGUAAACAGGAGAGUUCAGAUAUAAAAGUGUCCGGCUACCUGAACCUGGCCGCCGACUUCACCCACAACUUCACCGACGGUCUGGCCAUCGGCGCCUCCUUCCUGGUGGGUCCGGCUGUGGGCGUGGUAACCACCAUCACCAUCCUCCUGCACGAGGUGCCGCACGAGAUCGGAGACUUCGCCAUCCUCGUCCAGUCGGGAUGCACCAAGAGAAAGGCCAUGUGUCUGCAGCUCCUCACCGCCGUCGGCGCCCUAGCCGGCACCGCCUGUUCCCUGCUGGCCGAAGGAGUGGGCGCGGCGGCCACGGCCUGGAUCCUGCCCUUCACGGCGGGCGGGUUCGUCUACAUCGCCACGGUGACGGUGCUGCCGGAGCUGCUGAGCGGCCGCUCGAGCGCGCUGCAGUCCACGCUGGAGGUCGCCGCCCUGCUGUUCGGGGUCGGCAUGAUGGUGCUCAUCGCCGAGUACGAGUGAGGCGCCGGAUCGCUCCCGGACUCAGGGCGGGACCACGAGCGACUGCUGACGAUAACGGACUGGUGAGAGAGAGAGAGAAAUGAGUGAGAGAGAGAGAAUUUAGACAUGAGAAUGCACUAAACUAUCCAAACUUGAGAGCUUUAGAGUCGAGAGGGACCAUGGGGUUCAGAUUCAUUCCAACCACGUUCUAUCAUCCCGCGGCGCUGUCGGCGAGAAGCACGCACACUAGCAUCCGCUCUCUUCGACUACGCUGUCCAGUUUUAUCAUUUUACAUUCUUCAGCUCAUCCGACUCGUUCAGUUGUUGUUUUGUUACAUGUGUGUUAGAUCUUGUGUACGUAUUCCACACCCUGAUAGGUGACCCGGGGUGCACUACAUACAAAAUCCAGAAAUUAAGUCAUUCUUAUUAUUUUUUCCUUCUUUUUUUUAAUAAAAACAUUUUUUAAGUGUCAGAAUCUGUUUUAUUUUUGUUUUUUGAAGCAACUGUUUUUAUUUUGUCUUUAAAGUCCUGAUGCAGUUUUUUCAGUUGAUGAUGUGAAUAAAAUCUUUACCACCUGA